CUCUCGAAACUGCAAUCGAGAGGUUUUUCAAGUACCAAUACCCAAGAGCAAUGCCAACAGACUGGAUCCCCUCGCUUUGGUUGGAUAUGUUCGAUGAGAUGGUGGAAGAAGAGUUGGAUUAUAAUGAUUACUGGACCUUUAAUUUUAAUUACAAAUUGUUGGCAAAGCUCACUGCUGACGAGCGCAGGAGAGGCUGGAAGAUCUACUCCCAUUGUGCGCCCGGACAGUUCCGUUGUGGUACCUGUUCGAGGUCCUGGCGUUCAGCGCGCGUCGUGGUUCUGUUCAAGUACCGACUGCGGACCAACAGCGAACGGGGGACUGUACUCAUGCGUCCGUUUUGCCAGGCAUACCGGCGCUGUGACGGCGACUUUUACUUUCCAGGGUUUUCCAAGAAAAAUGCGGAAGAGGCAUUGCUCAGACUGUUCGGAAAGAUCCGUAAGAACUGCUACGGAGAAGAGGAGGAGGAAGAUGACUCGUGCUCCGUGGGCUCGGAGCGCGUGAGGACCAAGCCACACGAAGCGUCGUUUUGUGAAGCCUGUGACUUAGAGAUAUGUUGCACAGACUGAAAGGGAGGAUGCAACCGAGCUAGAACGACGGAGGAGACAGAGAGAG